AUGGUUCUAAAACUAUACAAGAUGGACGCUAGUCCUCCGUCGAGAGCCGUCAUGAUGACGAUUAAAGCUGCCAACAUUCCUGAUGUUGAAAUUAUCGAUGUCAAUAUGCAAGAACGAGAUCAUCUAAAAGACGAAUAUGUUAAGAUAAAUCCACAACAUACUGUGCCGACCUUGCAGGAUGAUGAGUUUUGUAUAUGGGACAGUCACGCAAUAGCUGUAUAUUUGCUAACAAAAUACAGCACAAACACAACACUUUAUCCAUCGGACCCCAAGCAGCGAGCGAUUAUAGACCAGAGACUGCACUUUGAUAGUGGAAUACUCUUCCCGAACUUACGUGGAGUUGUCGAACCAUUAGUAUACAGAGGUGAAAAAUCAAUAAAGCAAGAAUCAUUGGAUAAAAUCAAAUCUGGGUACGAAUUUACUGAAAAAUUCCUGACGAAACGUUGGAUCGCAGGAGAUGAGUUUACACUAGCCGAUAUUUGCUUCUUGGCCUCUAUCAGGUCAUCGUGUGAGAUAGUACCAAUCGACCCUGCAGUGUUUCCUAAACUCACUGAUUGGUUAAAUCGCUGCAAAGAGCUGGAUUACCACAAGAGCAUAAAUGAGCCAGGUUCAGUACUUCUUGGGAAUGUAGUUAGGAGUUUCCUUGGUUGA